CAACAAGAAUUUAUUAAUGGGUUAGAAGGACUGCUUACUCAGUUGGUUUCUAGUGACACUGAUACAGCGCGGAUAAGAACGGUCACAUCCGCUUUGAAUAAUGAUUAUAAUUCAGUUUCUUGUGUGCCAGCUUUCGUUCACAUAUUAUCGAGUUCUCCAAGUUGGCAGGUACGACAGCUUGCAGCUAUUGAGUUAAGGAAGCGCGGCCCUAAAUGGUGGUCAAAAAUUGAUGUAAAUUUACAAUCAACAAUCAAAUCACGUUUACUUGAGAUUAUUUUACAAGAACCGGAAAAUAUUGUACGUCAUGCUACUGCACGUGUUAUAUCAUCUAUUGGUAAAAUUGAAAUACCGGCUGGCAAUUGGAAUGAUUUGCUUCAAUUCUUAUACCAAUGUUGUAAAAGUCAAAAUGCUGGUCAACGUGAGGUGGGGAUAUUCGUUCUUUUUACUUUGUUGGAAGUCAUGGAAGAUGUUUUUGCGGAUAAUCUCCUUCAAUUACUACAAUUAUUUGGCGAUGCUCUCAACGACCCUGAAAGUCAAGCUGUCCGUGUAACCACAAUGCAAGCUUUAGGGAGAGUCGCAGAAUUUAUAGAGCCAGAUAAAAAGGAAGAGAUUCAAAUUUUUCGAGAUUUAAUACCCCCUAUGGUUAAUAUUCUUAUACAAUGUUUAAAAGACGGUGAUAGUGACUCUACAAUUAAAGGUUUUGAGCUAUUUGAAACAUUGCUCAUGAUGGAUGCUCCCCUUUUGUCAAAUCAUUUACCACAACUCAUUGAAUUUGCCCUUACUGUGGCACGCAAUAUCGAAUAUGAUGAACCCGUUCGUAUAAUAGCUUUACAAUUUUUAAUAUGGGUUGCUACAUAUAAAAAAGCUAAAAUUCAAAGACUUAAGCUUAUCGGUCCUAUCAUUCAAGAAUUAAUGCCAAUUGGUACUGAAGAUGACCCUGAAGAUAUAGACGAAGAUUCACCAUCUAGAAUGUCUUUUAGAGUGAUAAAUUCAUUGGCGACGAAAUUGCCACCCCAACAAGUUUUUCCUGUUGCUAUGGAUUAUAUUACCGCAUACGUCCAAAAUUCUAACCCAAAAUUCAGGAAAGCUGGAAUGAUGGCUUUCGCUGUUCUUAUUGAAGGAUGUUCGGAUUAUAUGCGCCCAAAAUUCAAUGACUUAUUACCCAUUGUUUACAAUGGCUUACGUGAUCCUGAAAUUAUUGUUCGUAGAGGUGCUUGCUUAGCGUUAAGCUGUUUAGCAGAGGAGCUAGACCAAGAAAUCGCUGCAAAUCAUGCAACUUUGCUACCAUUGAUCUUUGAACUUACGAAUGACACAAGCACGGAGAUUGUAAAACAAGCUUGCAAUGCGCUUGAUCUUAUCUUAGAAGGAUUAGGUGAUGAAAUUCUUCAAUAUUUACCUGCAGUGAUGGAGAGGCUUCUUAUUUUAAUGGAUAAUGGCGCAAAUGAAAUAAAAGACGCAGUUAUUGCAGCCAUUGGAAGUGCUGCUCAUGCAUCUGGCGAAGAAUUCAAGCCAUAUUUCCAAGAAGUGAUCAGUCGACUACAAAUAUUAAUGUCACUAAGUCAAACAGAUGAAGAUAUUGUUUUACGUGGAGUAGCUACUGACACUGUAGGCGCAAUUGCCGAGGCAGUGGGAAAAGAAGUGAUACAACCAUAUGUUGAUGAUAUCAUGCGUCUAGCUAUUGAAGGCUUGCAUAAGGAUUCGGCACGUCUUCGCGAGUGUAGUUAUUGUUUAUUUGCAGUCUUAUCUCGCGUAUUUAAAGAAGAAUUCGCAUCAUAUUUAAGCACGAUAAUGCCACAAUUAAUAAAAAGCUGUCAAAUGGAAGAACAUACUAUACUUAGUGUUGAAGAGGAGGAGGAUCUAUGCGACUUAGAUAUUGAUGAUGAGGAGGAUACCGAAAUUACCAUCGGUACUGCAGUAGUCGAUGAAAAAGAAGUAGCUGCCGAAGCAAUCGGUGAAAUAUUUGAAAACACACGAUCCCAUUUUCUUCCCUAUGUAGAAUCUACUCUCCAAGAGUUGAUAAAACUUUCGAAUCAUCAUUCAGAGAGUGUAAGGAAAGUGGUUGUUGGAUCUUUAUUUAGCUUUUUGGCCACAUUUUAUAGUAUGUCAAACUCUACCAAAUGGGAACCCGGCUUACCUGUGAAAGUUCUUAUACAUGAAAAUGUGUAUAAUAUGGCCAAAGCCGUCAUAUCAACGAUAUUAACCAUGUGGGAAGACGAAGAAAGCAAACUUGUAGUAAUUCAAAUUUGUGCCGAACUUGCCGAUACUAUCAAAAUUUGUGGUCCCGCUAUAAUUUCCGAUUAUAUAAGGCCGAUUGCAGAAAAUAUUCUUUUACUUUAUCAGAAAAAAGCUGUGUGUCAGCAAGAUAAUGAUGAUGAUGAAGGUCUCCUGGAUGACGAUGACGAAGCAGAAUAUGAUUCGCUUCUUAUAAACAAUGCAUCAGAUCUUGUUGCAGCGAUGGCUUUGAUUCUUGGAAAUGACUUUGUUCCCUAUUUCAAAGAAUAUAUUCAUUAUAUUGCCAAAUAUUAUAAAAAAACAAAACCAACUUCUGAAAGAUCUAUGGCAAUUGGGUGUCUUGGAGAAACCACGAUUGGUUUAAAAGAUGGGAUAUCAGAAUUUACCGAUCAACUUUUACCUUUAUAUCUAAAAGCUUUGGCUGAUGAAGAUGAUGAAGUUCGAAGCAACGCUGCUUUUGCAGUUGGUCUUCUUUGUCAACAUACACGCGUAGAUAUUAGUAGCCAAUAUGGAGAUAUACUUUCUAGACUGCACCCUUUAUUUACAGGACAAUCAUUAAUGAAUGUCACGGAUAAUGCAUGCGGAGCAGUAUGUAGAAUGAUUAUGGCUUGUCCUCAAGCAGUGCCAAUGGAGCAGGUGUUAGAAGUAGUAUUGCAAACGUUACCAUUAAAACGAGAUUUUGAAGAAAAUGAACCCGUUUUGAAAUGCAUAAUCAUGCUUUUCAGAGCUAAUAAUUCAUUUUUGCUGAAUAUAUUUGCGAAAAUUCUUUCCCCACCUGAAGAUCAACUUAAGGAUCAAACACGCCAAGAACUAAUAGAACUUAUUCAAGCACUUAAUCAACAAUUUCCUGAUGCAGUUCUUAAAUCAUCAUUAAGCGAAUUAAUACAAUUUUAA